CAGAACCCGGAACUGUAGAAACGUACGUGUCCCUGUUUCUGACCGGGCGGAUUUUCUGUUGCAAACUCACUCAUCGUUUGUUGCAGCAGCGGCUUUUUCCCUAAUGUACCUUUUGUUUUCAUCCUUUUCAUCGGUUCAACAAGGUUAUUUUUAAGUAAAAUGGAUGCCAGUGAGCAGUCUAAAGAAAGCCCGGAGCGGUCAGAGCUUGUGUCAGAGGACGGAAAGAACAUAAAGGCGGUUUUGUGUCAGCGCUGCGGAUCCAAAGUGUUGUGUCCUGGGAUGGCUGUGUUUGCAGAGAAAGAGCUCUUCCUCCCAUCAAUGCGUAAAAAGUCUGGUACUUUUGGCUCGGACGGUUCAGACGGAGACACACUCACAUCUUUCUGGUUGGUCCACGACAUGUUUGAUUUUGAAAACGUGGGGUUCACAAACGACGUUGGACGCAUCAAAUACCUGAUCUGUGCGGACUGUGAGAUCGGACCCAUCGGCUGGCACUGUCUGGACGACAAAAAGAGCUACUACAUCGCCAUGGAGCGGGUCAAUCAUGAAUAACUGUGUAAUCAACAAGGAACUACUUUUUAAAAAUACGUUUGACUAUGCAUCUUUCUUUGGACUAUUUGAUGCUCUAUCUUCUUUCAUGCAAAAACUCUGAUCCCUCUUGUAAAAAAUUAAACAAUGUAAGUACAAUAUAAAAAAACACCACAAACCUUGAAUCAAUCAUUUACAAAUAUUUAGCUCUGAAAGUUCCACGGUGGAUAAAAGUUGGAUGAAUAAGUCUUAAAUGCACUGUACCUGAUUUUUACUGUAUUAAAAAAACAUGAAAACAA